AGGUAAAAAAUAUUAAUCUUAACUGCUAGACUCCCGGCACUUAGAUCUGGGCUCAUUUAUAACUCACACUGCACGUUGAUAAGGAACCACUACAGAUUAGCUGCGUAUCAAUAUGAGCAACUUCGGGCAAAUCCUAAAUGAGAUUGGGGAGUUUGGUUUGUUUCAGAAAAUCUUAUUAGUUGCAUUAUCCAUCCCCAGUAUAUUCGCUGCUUUUGACGUGAUUGGCCAGGUGUUUACAGGCUUGAACUUUCCACAUCACUGUAACACUGACUGGAUCUUGGAGCGUGGGCCAAACCUGACAUAUGAGAGACAGAAAAAUCUCACUCUUCCAGUGAACAAGGAUGGAAGAUUUGAAAGCUGUGAAAUGUUCACACCUGUGGAUUUGGAUCUGGAAACCAUUGAAGCAUAUGGGAUUAACACUACAACUGGUUGUCUAGAUGGGUGGGAGUAUGAUGCACCCAAAGGUGCUUCAGGCAUUGUGACAGAGUUUGACCUGGUUUGUGACCAAAGCGGUUUGAUUGAGAUAUCACAAUCCAUCUCCAUGGCAGGUAUAUUGGUUGGAGCGCUGGUGUAUGGGACACUUUCUGACAAGUUUGGUCGACGGUUUGCCAUCCUGCUUUCAUUUCUUGUCCUACUGUUGUUUGGUGUGGGUUCUGCUUUCUCACCAAACGUCUACGUUUAUAUGGUUCUCAAAUUUUUCUGUGGGACAUCAGGUGUUGUCAUUGUGAUGAACUCAUCUGUGAUGGGGGUGGAAUGGACUAGCAACUCUAAGGCUGCCAUUUACCCAAUGAUCAUCAUACUCUUAUUUGGUACUGGACUGGCGUUGUUGUCUGGGAUCGCAUAUUUAAUCCAGAACUGGAGGAUCCUGCAGCUGGUGAUGUUCAGCCCACUUAUUCUCCUCCUGGGAAUCUACUACUGUUUUCUCCCAGAGUCACCUCGCUGGCUGCUGACCCAGGGCAGGAAGGAGGAGGCUCAAAAGGAGCUCCAGAGGGCAGCCAGGGUCAAUGGGAGGACGGUCCCAGAAGAUUUGUUGGCCAAAUUUGAGAUGGAGGAUACUCCCGAAAGAAGAAACAUAAUGGACAUCUUCCGGAUAUCAUAUCUGAGAAAAAGGACUCUCAUACUGCUCUAUAACUGGUUCUCAGCAAGUCUAAUAUACUAUGGAGUGAGCCUGAAUGUUGGCAGUUUUGGCCUGAAUAUCUACCUCACACAGUUUAUCUUUGGUGCAGUCGAAAUUCCUACACAGCUUGGCUCUUUGGCUCUAAUUCAACAUUUUGGAAGGAGAAUAUGUCAAGCAGGCUUCCUGUUCUGUGGGGGAGCUGCUUGCCUCGCAGUUCUUGCCAUCCCAAAUGAUCUUCCUGUGGUGGUAACAACCAUAGCUGUAUUGGGGAAAGUUGCUGCCACUGCCUCUUUCAGCAUAGCCUACGUUUACACUGCAGAAUUAUACCCGACCAUUUUAAGGCACAGUGGCGUCGGUGUUAACUCCAUGUGUGCUCGUGUCGCGGGCAUCCUCGCUCCACUGAUCAGGCUGCUGGACGUCUACCACGACUCCAUCCCCAUGCUAAUAUACGGCAUUGUCCCCAUUGCUGCUGCAGGAUUCACUUUCCUACUGCCUGAAACCCUCAAUGUUGAACUCCAGGACCACACUGAGCUCAAAAAACCAGUGAAUGGACCCACGGAGAAUGGAUAUAGUGAUGAACAAAUGCUGCAUAUCAAUAUGAGCAACUUUGGGCAAAUCUUAAAGGAGGCUGGGGAGUUUGGUUUGUUUCAGAAACGGUUAUUAGCUGUAUUAUGCAUACCCAGCAUGUUUGCUGCUUUUGACGUGAUUGGCCAGGUGUUUACAGGCUUGAACUUUCCACAUCACUGUAACACUGACUGGAUCUUGGAGCGUGGGCCAAAUCUGACAUAUGAGAGACAGAAAAAUCUCACUCUCCCAGUGAACAAGGAUGGAAGAUUUGAAAGCUGUAAAAUGUUCACGCCUGUGGAUUUGGAUCUGGAAACCAUUGAAGAAUAUGGGCUUAACACUACAACUGGUUGUCUAGAUGGAUGGGAGUAUGAGGCACCCAAAGGUGCUUCCGGCAUUGUGACACAGUUUGAUCUGGUUUGUGACAACAGCGGUUUUAUUCAGGCAUCACAGUCUGUGUACAUGGCAGGUUUUCUGGUUGGAGCAUUGGUGUUUGGGGCCAUUUCUGACAGGUUUGGUCGACGGUUCACAAUCCUCCUUUCCUUUUUUCUCCUACUAUUGUUUGGUGUGGGUUCUGCUUUCUCACCAAACGUCUAUGUCUACAUGAUCUUGAAAUUCUUCUGUGGGGCUUCAGGAGGUGUCAUUCCAAUGAACACAUCUGUGAUGGCUGUGGAGUGGACAGGUCCCUCCAAAUCUGCCGUUUGUACAAUGAUGAUCCUGCUUUUCAUCCCAGUUGGGUUGAUGGUGUUAGCUGGCAUUGCCUACUUGAUCCCCAACUGGAGGAUCCUGCUGCUGGUGCUCUACAGCCCUCUUCUCUUGACUGUGGGAAUACUGUACUGGUUUCUACCUGAGUCCGCUCGCUGGCUGAUGACCCAGGGCAGGAAGGAGCAGGCACAAAAGGAGCUCCAGAGGGCAGCCAGGGUGAACGGGAGGAAGAUCCCAGAAGAUCUUCUAGACAAACUAGAUAUGGAAGGUACCUGCAGAAAGAGCAUGUUGGACAUCUUCCGGAUACCAUAUUUGAGGAAACGUUCUCUCAUAAUGGGAUAUAACUGGUUUUCAACAAGUCUUCUAUAUUUUGGACUGAGCUUGAACGUUGGCGGUUUUGGCCUGAAUAUCUACCUCACGCAGUUGGUCUUUGGUUUUUUUGAAAUUCCUGGACAGCUCAGCAGUGUGGCUUUAACUCAACGUUUUGGGAGGAGAAUAUGUCAAGCAGGCUUUCUGCUCUUUGGGGGUGCUUCUUGCCUCGUGGUCCUUGCUAUCCCAAAAGAUCUUCCUGUGGUGGUCACAAUCAUUGCCGUAGUGGGGAAAUAUUCUGCCGCUGGCUCUUUCACCACAGCCUAUGUUUAUACGGCAGAACUAUACCCUACUAUUUUAAGGCAAAAUGGUAUUGGUCUCAACUCCAUGUGUGCUCGUGUGGCGGGCAUCCUCGCUCCACUGAUCAGGCUGCUGGACGUCUACCACGACUCCAUCCCCAUGCUGAUAUACGGCAUUGUCCCCAUUGCUGCUGGAGGCUUAUGUUUCCUACUGCCUGAAACCCUCAAUGCUGAACUUCAGGACCACACUGAGCUCAAAAAAAAAGGAUAUGGACCUACUGGGAACAGAAAAAGUGUUGAACACUAUUGAAGAGCACAAACUUACACCAAAAUCCUCAUCAGAAGAUCUCAUUUAUAAUCAAGUAUCAAAGCUAAAGGUACUGUUACGGUGUCGAACACAUGACUUGCAAACAGAGCAGCUACUGUAAAGUAAAAGCAGUUCAUGCACCCAAGUCCAAAAGGGCAUCCCUUGCUGCUUUUUUGAAGCUGAUUUAGUGCCUGCGUUAGUUGUUCGCAUGAGUAUACUUGUUUUCCCUCUCUAAAUGGACCUACGGAGAACAGAUAAAAUGUUGAACAAAUGAUUAAAGAGUACAAAUUAUUGUACUGAAAUGCCUUAUCAGAGAAUCAUAGUUUACUUUUUUCUACAUCUAUAAUCAGGUAUGAAAGCUAGUUUUUGUCCCCAAGUCUUAAUACUAGGUUUAACUCCCCUUUUCAUGUGUUGGAGAACUGCAAUAUUAAACCCUAGAUGGCUCAGAAUUUCCUUCCACUCUGUAAAAGUAUAUCAGGAGUUGAACACACCUUAAAAGACCUCAUUCAGUGAUAUUUUUUCAUUGCUGCAAUUCGCUGAACUUUG